GUGAUUGGUGGAGGAUUAGAAUAGCUAUACAUUAUUGCGGCUGUCAUACAGUGCAGAAGAAAGUACUGUUAUCUCCCAACAGCGAGGCCUUGGGCGGCAGUGGAUUGGUAUUCGCAGCGUGUUCGGGACACAGGUGAACUCACGGGCUGAAGGGCCUGGCGGAAGAUUAAAUCUUAAAGCAAACCACUACCGUGUGUCCUCAUGGCUGAUACGGAGCCCAAUUUCCCUCCUCUGCCCGGGUUUGUUCCUCUGAAGCCCUGCUUCUAUCAAAACUUCGAGGAGAUCCCUGAGCAGCACCGCAGCAUGUGCAAGAAAAUGUACAACCUGUGGAUCUUGAACAGUGCCACCCUCGCGGUAAAUUUCAUCGGUUGCUUUGCUUGGAUGUUUGGCGGCGGCGGAGUGACCAACUUUGGGUUGUCCCUCAUCUGGCUCCUGAUGUUCACCCCUUGCUCCUACGUGUGUUGGUUUAGGCCCAUUUACAAGGCAUUCAAGACAGACAGCUCCUUCAACUUCAUGCUGUUCUUCUUUGUGUUCAUGGCCCAAGUUGGAAUCAGCAUCAUCCAGAGCAUCGGCAUCCCAGGAUGGGGAGUAUGCGGCUGGUUAGCCACCAUCUCCUUCUUCAGCUAUAACAUUUUCAUUGCUUUGGUCAUGCUCAUCCCGACAAUCAUGUUCACGGCUGUGGCCUCGCUGUCCUUCAUUGCGCUCACCAAGAUCCAUAAUUUCUAUCGCGGCACUGGGGCGAGCAUGUCCAAAGCUCAGGAGGAGUGGGCUACGGGAGCCUGGAAGAACCCCCACGUCCAGGCAGCGGCCCAGCAGGCUGCCAUGGGGGCAGCUGCCGGAGCCAUGCAGGAUCAGUUCUCCAGCCCACAGUACAGCGACAACCAGAUGUAGCGCCGCCAGGGCAGGAGACGGCAGCGAUUUAAUGCCAAAAUGUCACUUCAGAACAUCAAAACCAUUUUACAUCGAAAACAGAGUGGAGGAGCAGAAAAAAAGAGCAGUGAACAUCUGUUGGUAGCUGGUUUCUUCAUAAAAGGGCAUUUGUAUUCUUUGAAGUAUUUUUAGAUUUAAUUUUCAUAAAAAUGUGUGCGUUUUUUCAAUAUGAAGAGAAAAUAGGUUUAAGUACUGAAAGUGUUGUGAUGAGAUCAGAGCCGUGUGCUGAUUUAAAAACCUUUAGCAAUAGAGAUUUAGCCUAUAUGAACAAAAAUAAAAGUGAAUGUACUGCAUAUGGAACGUAUUUUCAUAUAAAUAUGUAAGAAUCAUGUAUCCAUGAUUUAUAGUCUUUAUAGUAUCUAUAGUAUUUAUAGAGAUAUUUUUAGUUUUUGUUAUAUUUGGAAUUAACAUGUUUUUUUGUUAACAUGUUUUGAUGGGUGUCACUCUCAAAAACCUCAAACUUGUAGAACAUUUACAUGACCUUUAACAAUAAAGUUGUUUGGAAAUGCAAAUGGAUGUAUUAUAAUUAAAACAUUUUAUUAAUG